AGACGGGGGAGGCUCUACGGGUCGAAGGAGUUCAGCCCCAACUGCAAGUUCACGGAGCGCAUCGAGGAGAAUGGCUACAACACCAAGGGCAGGCCACAGCCAGGGGGCAGGACGCGCCGGCAGCAUCUCUCCACACACUUCCUCCCGAUGCUCGUGGGCUGA